AUGAAUUGCCCGUCUCGGACCGAUGAGACUCGGCUACACGAGGAGUGGAACCAGAGCCCCCGAGUUUUUUCUCCGGAUCUGACUACCCGCCAAGAUCUCAAUGGUAUUUCGAACAUUCGCGAAAACAAGGACGGCGAGAUCAGCCCCGGCCUUUUGCGGGGAAGUUCCAAUUGGAAGGGCAUUCUUCCGCAAGAAAAAGUUGUGGGGAGUCAUUUUGGCCCGGGGCGCGAGGCGUCCCUGACAAUGUCAGGACGCCUCGCUCCCCAGUAUGCUAACCUCGAUCUUGGCUACCAAGGAUCAAGAUCAAACAAUAAUGUUUUUCCAUCAUAUCAGGCUAUCAAGAGUUGGGCCUUGUGGCUACUCUCCGUGCUUUUUGUCUCAGCAAUUAUUUCCUUCGAUAAUCUGAAAGCUCAUUUCACUUCUAAACCAACAUUCGUCGUGGAUGUACCUGUCACACAGCAGUAUCCGGAGCCAGUUAAGCGAUCAAGCUGUGCCUCAGGGGGUGCCCGCGGUGCAUAUGACCUACCUUUGCACGUUGCAGCCCUCUUCAUCAUCCUCGGCACUUCAAGUAUUGCCUGUGCAUUUCCUAUUCUCGCAACUCGGUUCCCGCGAAUGCACAUUCCACCAGCUUUUCUUUUCUUCGUCACUCAUUUUGGAACCGGUGUCCUCAUCGCAACGGCAUUCGUGCACCUCCUCCCAACGGCGUUUACUUCUCUCGGAGACCCAUGUCUGUCCAAUUUCUGGACAAAUGACUACCCAGCCAUGCCAGGCGCGAUUGCCUUGGCUGGUAUCUUUUUUGUCACAAUAAUAGAAAUGGUAUUUAGUCCAGCUCAAAGCAUUUGUCGCGGAGGGAAUCACGCCGCAAUUACAAGACCCUCCUCUCCUGCAAUUGCGGCAGAGGGUUCAACUCCAGCCCUUGAAGUGCCUGAACAUCCUCGACACGUUAGGGCGCUGAGUUCAAACUCCGCUGGAAUGGACGGUCGAUCUCAUUUGCGAGAUUUGGGUCCGCUAAUUGGAAGAUCAUCGAGCAUUAGCCGAGCCAUCAGUCGCAUGGGAGAAGGCAAUGAAGAAGUAGCGGAGGUAGUUCGCGUUUCAUCUGCACCUGACGUUCAAACUCAUCAUGAGAAAGACAAUGGGACUAUCCAGGCAGAUGUGGAGAGUCAUGACGAUUCCAUCGCCUUAACCACCGAGCAGAAGCAGAGGAAGGAGACCCUGCAGGUCUAUCUUCUUGAAAUGGGCAUUCUCUUCCAUAGUGUAUUCAUUGGCAUGUCACUUAGUGUGUCUGUUGGGAAUGAAUUCGUGAUUCUACUAAUUGCUAUUGUUUUCCAUCAAACAUUCGAGGGUCUGGCACUAGGAUCACGUAUUGCCUCACUCCCCUGGUCGCAAAAGCAACUCCAGCCUUGGAUCAUGUCUCUGGCGUAUGGCUGCACAACCCCGAUCGGGCAGGCUAUUGGCCUUGCAACCCAUACACUAUACAGCCCCGAUUCAGAAGUUGGUCUCCUCGUUGUUGGAGUUAUGAAUGCCAUUUCAGCAGGGCUUUUAAUCUUCGCCUCGCUUGUGGAGUUGAUGUCGGAAGACUUCCUCAGCGACGAGAGCUGGCGCAUUCUUCGCGGAAAGAGAAGGGUGUAUGCCUGCAUUCUGGUGUUCUUGGGGGCUUUCUGCAUGAGCAUCGUUGGCGCUUGGGCCUAA